AUGGGUGUCAACAAUGGGAAGAAACGGCUGACUGAUGCUGAGAGGCGUGUGCAGGAUCUCAAGUCACAAAGCAAGCCCAACGCUAAGGAUCUUGCUCGGAUCAACACUCUAGAUGCCGAGAUUGCAUCAUCAACAGAGGAGCUUGAAGAACUGCAGACCAAGACUGGCGCCAUUGAGGCCGCGAUUAAAGAUCUUGAAAAGAAGAUUCUUAAAAUCGGUGGCUACAAGUUGCUGAAGCAGAAGUCCACCGUUGAUGGUAUUCGCUUGCUGCAUCAGCUAGCUAACGAAGAAGUCACCAAGGCCGAGGUUAUGAAGGCUACCGCAGAGAAGAAUAUCGUAAAAUAUACGUCUGGGGUUGAGACCAACCGUGCGGCGCUGGAGAAAGUCGAGAAAGAGCUUGAGGAGCUGAAGGAUCAGCUGGCGGAGGUCGCACAGUAUUUGGAAGACCUCAAGGAGAAGGUGGAGGCCGCGCAGGCUGCUCAGGAGAGCUCGAAAGACGAUCUCGAUCAACUCAAGCAGCAACUCCAGGAAAAACGCGAGGAAAUCGACGAGUUCAGGAAGAAAGAGCUUGAGAUCACCCAGAAGCUUGCCGACAAGAAGAAAGAAUCUGCUGAAAAUGAGCGUUCGAGUGAGUCAUUGUCUAUCGAAUAUUUCAAAUUUCGUGUGCUUACAGCCACUCGCAGUGAUGAUGACGACGACGAUGAAGAGGAAGGCAGUGGUGAAGGGGCGGUGAAGCAGGAACAUGCAGAUUCUGCACCUCCGAAAAAGGCUCGUCAACGAACGCCAUCGACUGAGCUAUACAUAUACAGUGCCGAUGAACUUGCACGCUUCAAGAAGAGGGAUAUGCUUGCAGAUUCUGAGUAUCUUGAUGAGAAACUUAAGAAUACUAAUCCAAACCUCAACGUUCUCAAAGAGUACAAGAAGCGAGAGGAGGAAUUCAUGAACCGCGCCAAAGACUUAGAGGAGACGACUGCAGCACACGACGCGCAGAAGCAACUUUACGAUGGUCUCCGGAAACAACGCUUGGAUGAAUUCAUGGCAGGUUUCAGCUCGAUUUCAUUGAAACUCGAGGAAAUGUACCAGAUGAUCACUCUUGGGGGCAACGCAGAGCUUGAGCUUGUCGACAGUAUGGAUCCCUUCUCAGAGGGCAUCAUUUUCAGCGUCAUGCCUCCGGAGAAGAGUUGGAAGAAUAUUUCAAAUCUCUCUGGGGGCGAGAAGACCCUUAGCUCACUUGCUCUCGUGUUCGCUCUGCAUGUGUUUAAGCCUACGCCACUUUAUUUCAUGGAUGAGAUAGAUGCAGCCCUAGACUUCAGGAAUGUCUCGAUUGUGGCAAAUUAUAUCAAGGACCGAACCAAGAACGCGCAGUUCCUUAUUAUUUCUUUGAGUCACCGUCUCAUCGGUAUUUACAAGACUGCAAACGCAACACAGAGUGUGUCCAUCGAUAACCAUGCUCUCGCUGGUCAAACCAUCAAGGCUGUGCCGACAGCAGCAGCCUGA